GCUGUGAUUUCAAGCGCAAUGAAACUUUUGGUUUUAUCGUUUAUAUGUGUCGUCGUGCCUUGCGUGUUUGCACAGAUACCAGAUCAGAAUAGAUUGAAGUGUCGCUUAUGCAACAAUGCCAAUACAUUAAGAGACUGUUCCACGCUAACCAUUUGUGACAAUCGAACAGAGGAAUGCUAUAUGGAUGAAGUGAUUACCUCGACCUAUGAGAUUGUCUACAGAGGCGGAUGCCGUGCAAUAAGCCACUGUUCAGCUUCAUCGACGGCCAUUGGAAAACGACAGGGUGAAUUGAUCUCAUGCUCGGAAUGUUGCAAAAGUGAACAUGACUGCAAUACUAAGAUGUGCGGUUUAGACAGUAAGUAG